AUGCAGCGUCUCGUUUUGUCAUUUGUCCUGGCCGCCCUUCUGAAUAUAUGCACCGGGGCAGAUUGGUGCUAUCAGUCUCAGGUGACCUGUGGAGGCCAUUGUAAAGGACCUGUAUUUUGGAAUCAGGUUAACACAGAAUGCGGCAAGAGCAGACAGUCCCCAAUCAACAUAGUGACCAGGAAGACAGUGCUGGAUGAAACCCUAACCCCAUUCAGAUUCAACGGUUACCAUACAGCUUUCAGUAGCUACAUCAAAAACAAUGGCCACUCUGUUCAGGUAAACAUACCAGACAAUCUGGCCACGGUCAGUGGUGGUAAACUGGAGGGCACAUACAAAGCUGUGCAGUUUCACCUACACUGGGGCAACAAUGGAGGACCUGGGUCUGAGCACACUAUUGAUGGAGAGCAGUACCCCAUGGAGCUGCACAUCGUACAUAUGAAGGAAAAGUACUCUUCUCUGACCGACGCUCUCAAAGACAGAACUGGAGUUGCAGUCCUUGGAUUCUUCUAUGAGGAAUCAAGCAGCACCAACAGAAGAUAUGAUGAUUUUGUGCAGGCUUUGGGAAAAAUACAGAACACUUCUAUGAACACAACCCUUAAUUCCAUUUCUCUGGAGCGUCUCACUUUGUCGCCGGGAAACAUGACAAGUUAUUACCGUUACGAAGGUUCUCUGACCACCCCUGGAUGCACCGAGUCAGUGGUAUGGACUGUGUUUGAGCAUGCCAUUCCACUCAGCAGAACACAGCUCAAGACAUUCUCCAGUCUCCGAUUCCACGACGGAAAACCAAUGGUGGACACCUUCAGGCCCAUUCAGCCCCGUAACAAUCGGGUCGUCUACAGAUCCGGCACCGCGGUGGUGGUGGCCAGCGUGGGUCUUCUGGUCGCCUCUCUGUUUGUCACUCUGGGUCUAUCACGGCCCAACUAA